AUGAAGAACACGGUUGUUAACAAUGUUCUUCUUAUCAUUGCAUUCUUCGUUACUUUCAGAGUCAUUCCUUUCACCACUGCAACAUCCGACAACCGUAGAAGAGUGUUUUAUUACGGCGGCGAGUUCAAAUCCGGCGCCGAUUUCGACUCAGUUCUUCCAUCAUCAUCCUUAACCUUUGACAACCCAAGGCUUAAAACUGCUUACAUAGCUUUACAAGCAUGGAAACAAGCCAUUAUUUCAGACCCUUUGAAUUUAACCUCCGAUUGGGUAGGAUCCAAUGUAUGCAACUACACUGGAGUUUUCUGUUCCCCAGCUCUCGACGACCCCGCCAUCAUAACCGUCGCCGGAAUCGAUCUUAACCACGGUGAUAUCUCCGGAACACUCCCGGAAGAACUUGGACUCCUUAAUGAUAUAGCAUUAUUUCAUGUAAACUCUAACAGGUUUUGCGGCGAAAUCCCAUGGAGUUUCAAAGAAUUAAAACGUCUUUUCGAGCUUGAUUUAAGUAAUAAUCGAUUUUCGGGCAAGUUUCCUUACGUUGUUCUUCGAAUCCCAAACCUUAAAUUCCUCGACAUUAGGUUCAAUGAAUUUGAAGGUAAAGUACCCAAAGCUUUAUUCGAAAAGAAACUGGACGCCAUUUUUAUGAAUAAUAACAGGUUUGCUUUUGAAUUGCCGGAAAAUAUUGGGAACUCGCCGGCUUCCGUCAUUGUUUUAGCUAAUAACAGGUUUCAUGGGUGUUUACCGAGGAGUAUGGGAAGCAUGUCGGGUACUUUAAACGAAGUCGUUUUAAGUAACAAUGGGUUACAUUCAUGUUUGCCUGAAGAGAUCGGAUCAUUGAAGAACGUAACAGUUUUUGAUGUGAAAAACAAUGAAUUGAUCGGUGAAUUGCCGGAAUCGAUCGGAAAAUUGGAAAGCUUGGAACAUUUCGAUUUGUCGCAUAAUAUGUUGUCGGGCACUGUUCAUGAACGUGUUUGUUCGUUACCUAACUUAAUGAACUUCAGUUUCAAUAAUAAUUUCUUCACCGGAAUGCCGCAGGCAUGUUUGGAUUUGGAAGAAUUCGAUGACCGGAAAAACUGUUUCGAUAAUAGAGAUCUUCAAAGAUCGAGAUUACAAUGUAAAAUGUUCAGUUGUGUGCCUUUAAAUUGUAGUGCCAUUAAUUGCAGUCCGAAGCUUAGUCCAUCACCUUCACUGCCACCUCCGCCAUUGCUUCCGCCGCCGUGUCCACUCUACCCUAUUUCACCACCACCACCACCACCAACUAUUUCACCACGACCACCAUGUUGGACAUUACAACCACCACCACCACCGCCAAGUCCUACAGGUUAUAGUCCAUUAUUGCCACCGUUUGCCGGAAAAAACUAUUCUUCUCCACCACCACCGGUAUUCUACUAA